AUGAAGGAAGUUGUCACAGGGGAGGUUCCUAAAAAGAUUAGUGGUAUUCAGUUCAGUGCUCUUAGUGCUGCAGAUAUUGUUGCACAAUCUGAGGUGGAGAUCUCUACACGUGAUUUGUUUGAUUUAGAAAAGAACCGUGAACCAAAAGUAGGUGGUGCUUUAGAUCGUAGAAUGGGUGUAUCUUCCUCUUCUGCUGAGUGUGCCACUUGUCAUGGUAAUUUAGCAUCCUGUCAUGGUCAUUUCGGUCAUAUUAAAUUGGCUUUACCAGUGUUCCAUGUCGGUUAUUUCAAGGCUACUAUUCAAAUUUUACAAUGUAUCUGUAAAGAUUGUUCUGCACUUUUAUUAUCUGAUAAAGAUAAAAAACAAUUUUUGAGUGAAAUUCGUAGACCAGGUAUUGAUAAUCUAAGACGUAUGGCUAUUUUGAAAAAGGUUAAUGAUCAAUGUAAAAAACAAAGAAGAUGUUUAAGAUGUGGUGCGUUAAAUGGUGUUGUUAAAAAGGGUGCAGCCGGUGGUGGUACAGCCUCAUUAAAGAUUCUUCAUGAUACUUUCCGUUGGGUAGGUAAGAAAUCAGCUCCAGAGAAGGAUAAAUGGGUUGGUGAAUGGAAAGAAAUCUUGUCUCAUCAUCCAGAAUUACAAAAAUUUGUUAAACGUUGUACUGAUGAUUUGAAUCCUUUGAAGACUUUGAACUUAUUUAAACAAGUUAGCUCCGAGGAUUGUGAACUAUUAGGUAUUGAUGCCACAAUAAGUUCAGGUAGACCAGAAACAUAUAUUUGGAGAUAUUUGCCAGCACCACCAGUUUGUAUUAGGCCAUCAGUUGUCAUGCAAGAUUCUCCAUCAUCCAAUGAAGAUGAUUUAACUGUCAAAUUGACCGAAAUUGUGUGGACAUCAUCAUUAAUUAAAGCAGGUCUAGAAAAGGGUAUAUCUAUCAAUAACAUGAUGGAACAUUGGGAUUAUCUACAAUUGACUGUUGCUAUGUAUAUUAACUCAGAUUCUGUCAACCCUGCAUUGCUUCCAGGUGCAUCUCCUGGUUCAGGUAAAUCUAAACCUAUUAGAGGUUUUUGUCAACGUCUAAAGGGUAAGCAAGGUAGAUUUAGAGGUAAUCUUUCUGGUAAGCGUGUUGAUUUUUCCGGGAGAACAGUUAUUUCACCAGAUCCAAAUUUAUCCAUUGAUGAAGUUGCAGUACCAGAUCGUGUCGCUAAAGUCCUUACAUUUCCUGAAAAAGUCACUCGCUAUAAUAGACGUAAAUUACAACAAUUGAUUAUUAAUGGUCCACAAGUACAUCCAGGUGCAAAUUAUAUCCUUAAAAAAAAUGAAGAAGCAAGAAGAAAUUUACGUUAUGGUGAUCGUAUGAAAUUGGCUAAGAAUUUACAAAUUGGUGAUAUUGUUGAAAGACAUUUAGAAGAUGGUGAUGUUGUCUUAUUUAAUCGUCAACCAUCGUUACACAGAUUAUCUAUUCUAUCCCAUUAUGCAAAGAUUCGUCCAUGGAGAACAUUUAGGUUAAACGAGUGUGUUUGUACUCCAUAUAAUGCAGAUUUUGACGGUGAUGAAAUGAACUUGCAUGUUCCACAAACAGAAGAAGCAAGAGCAGAAGCAAUAAAUUUAAUGGGAGUGAAGAAUAAUUUAUUAACUCCAAAAUCUGGUGAACCUAUUAUUGCCGCUACACAAGAUUUCAUUACUGGCUCCUAUUUGAUUUCACAUAAAGAUUCCUUUUUUGAUAGAGGGACUUUUACGCAACUUCUAUCCAUGAUGUCUGAUGGUUCUUUGCAAUUUGAUAUACCCCCACCAGCUAUUAUGAAACCUCAAUAUUUAUGGACUGGUAAGCAAUUAUUUUCUCUUUUAAUAAAGCCAAAUAAAGAUUCACCCGUUGUUAUCAACCUUGAUGCUAAAAAUAAGGUUUAUGUUCCACCAAAAAGCAAAUUAUUACCCAAUGAAAUGUCUAGAAAUGAUGGUUUUGUUGUUAUUAGAGGUUCCAAGAUUUUAAGUGGUGUUAUGGAUAAAUCCGUUCUUGGUGAUGGUAAAAAACAUUCCGUAUUUUAUACUAUUUUAAGAGAUUAUGGACCUCAAGAAGCAGCAAAUGCCAUGAAUCGUAUGGCUAAGUUAUGUGCAAGAUAUUUGGGUAAUAGAGGGUUCUCGAUUGGUAUCAGUGAUGUUACGCCAGCAGAUGAUUUAAAAGCUAAGAAAGAGGAGUUGGUAGAAAUUGCAUAUGCCAAGUGUGAUGAAUUAAUUGAUUUAUAUAACAGAGGUAAGUUGGAGACACAGCCAGGUUGUAAUGAAGAACAGACUUUAGAAGCAAAGAUUGGUGGUUUAUUAUCGAAAGUUAGAGAAGAAGUCGGUGAAGUUUGUAUUAAUGAAUUAGAUAACUUGAAUGCACCAUUGAUCAUGGCUACUUGUGGUUCUAAAGGUUCUACAUUAAAUGUCUCUCAAAUGGUUGCUGUUGUUGGUCAGCAAAUUAUUUCUGGUAAUCGUGUUCCUGAUGGUUUCCAGGAUCGUUCCUUACCACAUUUUCAAAAAAAUUCCAAAACACCACAAUCAAAGGGUUUCGUCAGAAAUUCUUUCUUUUCUGGUUUAUCCCCACCAGAAUUCUUAUUUCAUGCUAUCUCUGGUCGUGAAGGUUUGGUUGAUACUGCUGUUAAGACAGCCGAAACUGGUUAUAUGUCUCGUAGAUUGAUGAAGUCUUUAGAAGAUUUAUCAUGUCAAUACGAUAAUACUGUAAGAACGUCAUCUAAUGGUAUUGUUCAAUUUACAUAUGGUGGUGAUGGUUUAGAUCCUCUAGAAAUGGAAGGUAAUGCUAAACCGGUUAACUUUAAUAGAUCGUGGGAUCAUGCUUCCAACAUUACAUUUAAUCAAAAAGAAAAAGGUUUGUUACCUUACGUCAUUCUACAAAAAACAGAUGAGGUUUUAAAACCACUCGAAGAAAGAUUAGUUAGAUAUGAUAAUUUAGGUAAUGUACUUCCUGAUGAAUUGGAGGAUAUGGAGGAAUAUGCAGAUCAACAAGAUGCUGAAAGAGACUUCUACAAGUCAUUAAGAGAAUAUAUUAAAGUCAAGGCAGCUCGUUUAGCGGCAAUUAGAAAAUCUAGGGGUUUGCAUGAAUUAUUAGAUGAGCCAGCCAAAGAAUUGCAGAGUAUAGAUAUGGACGAAAACGCCUCUGAACAAGCUAUAGAAUCUGUUGAUCAAUUAUGCAAGAUAACAGAAAGAACCGUUCUUGAAUUUUUGAAUAUUGCUCUUUCAAAAUAUCGUAAGGCAAGAGUGGAACCUGGUACUGCAGUUGGUGCCAUUGGUGCACAAUCUAUUGGUGAACCAGGUACUCAAAUGACUCUGAAAACUUUCCACUUUGCUGGUGUUGCUUCUAUGAAUGUUACAUUAGGUGUUCCUCGUAUUAAGGAAAUUAUCAAUGCUUCUAAAGUUAUUUCAACUCCAAUUAUCAAUGCUGCUCUAGUUAAUGAAAAUGAUGAAAGAGCAGCCAGAGUGGUCAAAGGUAGAAUUGAAAAGACUUUAUUAUCUGAUAUUGCAUAUUAUAUUCAAGAUGUUUAUAGGGACAAUUUGUCAUUUUUGGAAAUACGUAUUGAUCUUGGUACUAUUGAGAAAUUACAACUAGAAUUAACAAUGGAAGAUAUUGCAGUUGCUAUUACAAAGGCUCCAAAAUUAAAGAUCCAGGCAGCAGAUGUCAGUAUUGUAAGUAAAGACAAGAUUACUGUUAGUGUAUUUCCAGCAGAUUAUAAUGCCAAAUCGAUUUCUACCUCAGCAAGUGUUAAAGAUUCAGGUGAAUUAGAUGUUUUCUAUAAGAUGCAAUUGUUACGUCGUGCGUUACCAAACAUUGUUGUAAAGGGUUUACCUGAUAUAUCUAGAGCAGUUAUUAAUAUUCGUGAUGAUGGUAAAAGAGAAUUGUUGGUUGAAGGUUAUGGUUUAAGGGAGGUUAUGUGUACAGAUGGUGUUAUUGGUAAGAAAACUACUACUAAUCAUAUUCUUGAAGUUAAUGCAGUUCUUGGUAUUGAAGCAGCACGUUCUAGUAUUAUCGGUGAAAUUGAUUACACCAUGAGUAACCACGGUAUGAGUGUCGAUCCUCGUCAUAUUCAAUUAUUAGGUGAUGUGAUGACAUAUAAAGGUGAGAUUUUAGGUAUUACAAGAUUUGGUUUAAGUAAAAUGAGAGAUUCUGUUUUACAAUUAGCUUCCUUUGAAAAAACAACAGAUCAUUUGUUUGAUGCAGCUUUCUACAUGAAGAAGGAUGCAGUAGAAGGUGUGUCUGAAUGUAUUAUCUUAGGGCAAACUAUGUCGAUUGGUACAGGUUCAUUCAAGGUGGUUAAACCAACUUAUGUAACACAAGAAAAAUUAAAGCCAAAACCUACAUUGUUUGAAUCAUUGGCCUCUGGUCCAUUAUUGAAAACUAAUUGA